AUAAGUGGAUUGGGGGACUGAUUGUACAUCAAAAUCCACAAAUCUCUCUCUUACGCUUCUUAACGAAAAUUUUGCUCUCGAUAAACCCUAACUUCCAUAUUCUAAGGUUUGCAUCUUCAGAAUACAAAGACGCAAAUCUCCGUGAUACUGAAGACAUUCUUUUCACAAGAUCUCUUCAAAUUCUUCAGUUCAUGAUAUGGUGAUUUUGGGGCUGGUAUGAUGGAGUUACAAAUUUCGCCUAUUAUGGAAAUCCGAGCUCUGAAAAUACGAAUGGAUUGUUCAAAACUAGAUUUACUCGCUUGUCGACUUGGUUAUAAAUCGUCGUUUGAUUCAUAUUUGAUCGCAUGUGAAGCAUUUUCUGAAGAAAAUUUGACUCACAUUGAAGUAUUCUGAUCGGUUGUGUAUCAUCUGCGUUCUCUCUCUUAAUUGAAUUUCCUAUUUUCAAUUCUGUUAAUCAUCAUCGUAAUCGUCAGUGAUGAAUUCCGUCAAUUCUCGUUCGACUUCGGCGAUGGUGAGGCCAGUUACUGACAACAUUGAGGAUGUUGCCGAGAGGGAUCCUUCCGGUCGAUACAUCAGGUAUCAUGAAAUCCUGGGGAAGGGAGCAUUCAAGACUGUAUAUAGGGCAUUUGAUGAGGUGCUUGGAAUAGAGGUCGCUUGGAAUCAAGUUCACAUUAAAGAUUCGAUGGGGUCAUCACAACAAUUGGAGUUACUGUAUUUGGAGGUUCACAUUUUGAAGUCAUUAAAACAUGCAAAUAUUAUAAGAUUUUACCACUCGUGGGAGGAUGAUAGAAGCAAGACUAUCAACAUGAUCACUGAGCUUUUUACUUCAGGAAACAUGAAGCAGUAUCGUGAAAAACACAAGCAACUUAACAUUAAGGCUAUCAAAAACUGGGCGAGGCAGAUCCUCAGAGGUUUACAUUACCUUCAUACUCAGAAUCCACGCAUCAUACAUAGAGAUCUCAAAUGCGAAAAUAUCUUUGUUAAUGGACAUACUGGAGAAGUUAAGAUUGGAGAUCUGGGAUUGGCAACUGUUAUGCAGCAACCUGCUGCUUUGAGUGUGAUUGGUACACCCGAAUUCAUAGCCCCAGAGUUGUUUAGAAAAGAAGAAUAUAAUGAGCUUGUCGACAUUUAUUCUUUUGGUAUGUGUAUGCUGGAGAUGGCAACCAAUAAAAGCUCUUAUUUAGAAUGCCAUGGUGUGUAUGAAAUCUACAAGAAGGUUAUCAGGGGUGAAAAGCCUGCUAGCCUUGACACAAUAAUGAAUCUGGAGAUGAAGGAAUUCAUAGAAAAGUGUUUGGUUUCAGCUUCUAGUAGACCAUCUGCAGAGGAGUUGUUGAAUGACCCAUUUCUAGUAUCAAAUAAUCUACCUGGACAUAUUCCCCUAACUACUCCAAAGAUGCUGGAAUUGGCCUAUGUGUCCAGACCUGAAUCUCAAUCUAUGGAUAUAGACCUUGAUAGCAAGAAGAGUAACUCAACCUCAAGUAUGAAAAGCAUUUGUGGAAUUCCUCGCCAACAAAGCUUAGAAUUAUUGUAUAAUAAUGUCAAGACAUUCAAGUUAAUAGGAAAGGUGGAGAAUGAGGAGUUGAUCAAAAUGACCCUUGUGUUUAUUGAUUCAAAAGCAGGUUAUAGGAACAGCGUUGAUUUUCCUUUCUACCCUGAAAGUGAUACCAUCGUUUCAGUUCUGUGCGAGAUGAUUGAACAGAUCAGCGACUUAUCCGGAGAGUAUUUGGUUCCCAUAGUGCAGUUGAUGGAGCAGUUGAUACCAAAACUAAAGCCGCACUACAAGCCACCUUGUGAUUUUAGUCUUGCUGAAUAUAUUAGUUCACUCGAAGAUUCUUCUGCUUCAAAUUGUAUCCUAGAUGCACUAAGGUAUCUUUUGGAAUCUGGAAUGUGCAGGACCUCUACAGAAGUAAUUGAGAUUGGUGAUGACCGUUGUGCUCGAGGUUCUCUUGUUUCUGGAAUAUUAGUUGAACAAAACCCGGUGAAUCAAAUCAUGAUUCUGGUUCAUGUGCUGGUAAUUCCAGUAAAGUCUCCUACAGUGCUACCGCUACAUCUGAUGGUUUGAGUCUAUCAAGCUUGUCUUCUUUAACAUUAAUAGAGAAAGACACAUACUACGAGGACCUAAAGCAGGAGCUCGAUGCAAUUGACUCCCAGUAUAACGAAAGUCUUCGUGAGCUCUCUAGGAAAAGGGACGAAGCCAAAGAGUUUGCAAAGAAGAAUUAUGCUUCUAAGUAUGGUUUAGUUGCUUGAUUGCAGUUGUUGCUUAGUUAGAUCUCCAUUGUUGCUAACGUCAAAGCUUUCAUGUAAAUCGUAUGGCGUAAUAGUUUUGAUUCUGUAAAGUUUUUUCAUUCGUUCUUUACAAGUUCAUUUUUUGAAGAAAUUUCUCGACUGAUUUCUUUAUUAACUGGGUUUAAGUGACAACGAGACGUAGGUUUUUGGUAGGCUUAAAAAUUUAGAUUGUAUGUAUAAACUAGUCGUCUCUACUGAAGCCAGUGUCUAAAUUGUAGUUGCAACAUAAAAUUGGCUGCUGACAUUGAUUAUGUAAUGGAUCAAUUUGACUAGUUUGUACUACUCUUAUUAUGUAUUUUUGUAAAAUAAAUAUGAACACGCGAGCUAAUUGUGACC